AUCUGAUGCAGGCUGCAGCGUUUUCUUUCAGUUCUUAUUCAGUCAGACGUGGACGACAACCUAGCCUUGCGGUUUGUGCUCCGGCGUGAAUAAAAUAAAAACAAAUUAUACACCAUCAUGUCCGAUCUGUUACUUCUACUCUUGUUGGUAACAACUUACCUGGUUACAUCAGGGGCUGGGUAUGCUUGCAACAUCGGGCUAGUGCUCAAUCCCGACUUUCCCAAGGCAGGGGGGAAAUGGCGUUGGGCCACGGCCACUCCAGACCCUUGCAUCUGCACCCAGACGCGACUUGGAGGAAUCAUCAUGGAGUCGUUCCAAGAGCACGCCGUGCCUCAAUUCACCGAGCUCCUGCAUCCGAUCUUUUCCGACAAUGCCGAUGCCAUCCGCAUGUCUUUUGGCUGUGAGGACAUGAACAACAGGAACCAAGAUCAAAUGUUAGAAGAGCCCACAGAACUACAGGAAUCGGUCUUUGAUGAAAAUGAGCCAUCAACAGAUGAUGGUACUGAUGUGGAUCCACCUGGGUCAACUCUAGGGACCGACUGCCGAUCCCUGCUGGAAUCUGGCCACAACGUCAGCGGGGUGUACAGAAUAACCAUCCCCGGCUACCCAUCCACGCCGGCCUACUGCGACAUGGAGACCGACGCCGGCGGCUGGACGCUGAUCUUCCGUCGCCACGACAACUCCGUCAACUUCACCCGGCUGCUCCGAGACUACUCGGAUGGUUUCGGGGAUCUGACCGGCGAAUUCUGGCUGGGCAACGAGCUGGUGAGGCAGUUGAUGCAGGGGGCCGGGGACGCACGCGAAACGCGGUACCAGUGGGAAAUCCAAAUUGAUCUUGUUGGUGAACUGAAGCUAUUCAGCUUGUAUCCGCCCUGCACCGCGCUUUCUACGUCCAAACUUAAAAUCCACCGGUUUGCCAGAUACAGCUCCGCGUUCAUAGAGGGCCCGGAUAACACACUGGUCCUCGGAAAGUUCGCAGCGGCCAGCACUGCCAACGAUUUCCUCAGUCCGUAUGGCGGCGGGGUGUUCCGAGUGGGCCGGCAAGGGGAAACAGGCUGGUGGUACAACAUGCAAAAUCCCCGCACCGAAAUGCUCCUCACUGCAAAUGAAUGCUAUAAUGGGGACCGCUGCUAUUCUGAGUACUUUCAUUCAUCUGAGGAUGAUGAAGGGAUCGUCCUGUGCAAGAGCGAAAUGAAAAUUCGCCCCGUCUAUUCAGCCAAGUGAUUUCAACAGAAAACAAAAUUGUCGGAAAUAGUGAAUUUCAGGAAUCUGUUCUAAACUGCAAACAAAAACUACACAUGAGCAACAUUUGGAUUGUGGCUACAUAUAUAGAUUAAAAAAAAAAGACCAAGAAAGUGCACUUUUAAUAAUUCACACUCACAAUAAAAUAUAUGCGCACAUGUAUGGGAUUUUAAAAUGUAGAAGGGAGAAUAUAUAAUUCACAUUUGCACUUAACUUUCUGCAAAAAAUGAUAUUUUACAUCUUUAACGUUGAUAAUGACUGAUUAGGAAAUAAGAUAUAAUUCAAAGGCAACACUUGAUGAAUUGUUUUCUUCUGUUUUGUUGUUGCUGUUGUUGUUGUAUUAGAGUACAUGUUUUCAAAUUGAACUGGUAUGACUAUUUAAUAAUGACAAUCACAAAUGUAUGUAAUGUUAAUAAGACCAUUUUGUUUCUUUUGCAUUUAUAUUCACUGUAUAGAUUAAUUGCACAAAUAGGCCUACUCAAUAAGAAACAAUAAAGAACGAUAUUAUAUAUUGAACUAUUAACCAGUUCGCGUCGGAGGACGUGAUUACAUGCACCAGCUGUUUGUAAUACACAGGCACGGCUGACAGGUUUAAACGUCAAGAUUUACUCGACUCGCCUCUGGGUGAUGUCUAAACACGCUAAUCCCUCAUGCCUUUUGUACACACACACAAAGUCCAUGAAGUCUGUGGAGGCGG